AUGAAAUGGAAAAUGGCAACAGGGGUACUGUGCGAAGAAAGUCCCUGUUCGACUGAAGUCGAAGAUCUACAGGACGGUUGUGCGUCCUGUUGCCCUUUACGGAUGCGAGUGCUGGCCGACGACGAAAGCCUUGGAAGAGUGUUACGCUAUGGAGAUGCGGAUGUUGAGGUGGACGAUAGGUGUAACGCUAAAGAGAAAGUAUCCAACGACACUGUGCGCUCCAUCUUCGGUGUCGUCCCGAUAACUGAGAAGAUGAAGCAGGCGCGACUGAGAUGGUUUGGUCACGUCUUGCGGCGGGAGGAAGAUUCUGUUGCCAAAACCGCUCUGAAGCUCGACGUUUCAGGAGUGAGGCCGCGCGGGAGGCCAAAGAUUCGCUGGUUAGACCGUGUGAAGCUGGAUAUAACAGAUGCGCGUUUAUGUACGGCUGAUGCAAUGGAUAGAACCAAAUGGAAGACAAGAAGCAGAAAAGCGGACCCUGCAACAACGCGGGACAAACGCUAG